UAAAAUAAGUGCAACGUUUAUUAAUAAGUGUGUUUUUCAUUUGUAUUUCGUUUCAAAAGAUUACUAACGAAGUGGCGUCUCUGAUAGCUUAAAAUGAGUAAAAGACGCCGGGCCUCGUCGGUGGCGAGCCGCGGGGCUGAUGGUGAUGAUAGUGAUGAUGCCGUGGAGCUGAGUAACCCAGGACCUCCACCUUCGCGUAAGAAGAAAAAAUUAGAGCCGAGUGAAAUAUGCCAACAGUUGUAUGACACAAUUCGGUCAUUCAAAAAAGAGGAUGGUUCUCUCUUGUGUGACUCAUUCAUCCGAGCUCCAAAGAGACGGCAGGAGCCACAGUACUAUGAAGUUGUUUCACAGCCUAUUGAUUUACUAAGGGUGCAACAAAAGCUGAAAACGGACACAUAUGAGGACAUUGAAGAAUUAUCUGCAGAUAUAGAGCUACUAGUUAACAAUGCAAAGGCAUUCUACAAACCUGAUUCAGUAGAGUACAGAGAUGCAAUCGAUUUAUGGAAACUUUACACGCAGAGCAGACAAACCCUUGAAAAUGGUGAGGAAAUAAAAACACCAAAAGUAUCCCGCAAUGGAUCAUCAAGUAGAAGAUCUGAUGUUGCUGAGGAUUUAUCAGAAACAUCUACCAACAAUGAAGAUGAUAACAUUUUUGAAGAACUGUUUAGUGCUGUUAUGACAGCUAAUGUGGACGGGCGACCUCUUUACCCUCAGUUCCAAUUUCUUCCAUCAAAACGUCGAUAUCCAGAAUACUAUAAUGUAAUAGAUUCACCAAUAGACUUGAAGACAAUAGCUCAGAAGAUACAAGCCGGUGAAUAUUCAAAUCUUACAGAACUGGAGAGAGAUCUAUUGUUGAUGGUCAGAAAUGCCUGUCUCUUUAAUGAACCUGGAAGUCAGAUUUAUAAAGAUGCAAAGACUUUGAAAAAGAUAAUACAAGUACGUAAGCAAGAGAUCGACCAGCAUGGCCGAGGUGGUCCAGCAAAGACGUCAGAACGCAUUAGAAGUAAGAGGUCUUCCCGCGUGGGUCCUGUACCCAGCAGUCGCGCUCUAGCUAUCAUGGACCCACUGGGAUCUGAAGCGGAGAGUGAAGUCAAGCACUCUGACGAUAGUGGUGGGGACAGUGAUGAUGAUAAAGUUGAUAAUGAGGACACGCCGCAGUGGAAACUUCUAGAGACCAUCCGUAACCACCUUGGACCUAAUGGUACACCAAUGGCUGAACCAUUCUGGAAGCUUCCAUCACGUCGAGAGUAUCCUGAUUACUACAAGGAGAUUAAGAAUCCAAUGUCAUUGAAUCAAAUCAAGAAUAAAAUACGUCGCGGUAGCUACGGUACUGUGUCAGAAGUUGCGGGCGAUAUGAAUAUCAUGUUUGAAAACGCCAAACAAUAUAAUGUACCUAGCUCUAGAUUGUAUAAGGAUGCUGUUAAAUUGCAAAGAUUAAUGCAACAACGUGUUCAAGAACUGUUAGACAUCGUGCAGAGUUCCUCGAGUGAUGAUGAAAGUCUGUCUUCAGUUAAGAAUACUCAAACACAAAUCGCAACACCCCGACCAAGAGGACGUCCACGUAUAAAUCCAUUGCCAUCAUCAGUUCAAUCACCAGCUCCGAGUUUACCCAAACCAAAUAUGCCGUUGAAGAAAAAACUACAUUAUAUAUCAAAACAUUUGGUUGAAUUCACAUGUUCAGACGGUAGACAACCUAUGUUGUUGUUUAUGGAGAAACCAAGCAAGAAAUUAUAUCCGGAGUACUAUAAUGUUAUUGAAAGACCUAUUGAUAUGAUCACUAUUGAAGCUAAUAUUAAGAAUGACCGUUACAACAGUAUUGACGAGUUAGUCGCCGACUUUAGUUUGAUGUUCUCGAACUGUCGACAGUUCAAUGAAGAAGGUUCUAUGAUAUAUGAAGACGCGAUACUUCUAGAACGUGUUAUGAAUGAAAAGUUGAAAGAACUGAACUCAGUAAAUUACGAGAAGAAAACACCAGUAAAGACAUGCAAACCUGUCAAAACUAGACAGCUGUCGCCAUUUGAACAGAAAUUAAGGACUUUGUAUGGUGCUAUACGUGAUUAUAGAGAUCCUAAAGCAUAUCGACAACUAGCCUUAAUAUUUAUGAAACUGCCAAGUAAAAUAGAAUAUCCGGACUAUUACGAAUUAAUAAAAAACCCAAUUGACAUGGAAAAGAUUGCCCACAAAUUGAAACAUGGUUCAUAUAACUCUGUUAAUGAAUUGGCCUCGGAUUUCAUAUUGAUGUUUGACAAUGCUUGCAAAUAUAAUGAACCAGAUUCACAAAUAUAUAAAGAUGCAUUGAUACUGCAGAGAGUUUGUUUGCAAACUAAACAAAUGUUGAGGGAAGAUGAGGAUGCUGUGCCCGACGUGCCCGCUGCUGUACAAGAUCUAUUGCUCACUUUGUUCACCUCUGUUUACAAUCAUCAGGAUGAAGAGGGCAGAUGUUAUUCAGACAGUAUGGCAGAGUUGCCAGAACAUGACGAAUCUUCUAACGGUGAGAAAGUGCGCGCCAUCUCAUUAGACUUAGUGAAGAGACGUCUGGACAAGGGGCUAUAUAAACGUCUUGAUCACUUCCAACAGGAUAUGUUUGCUGUAUUUGAAAGAGCUCGUCGUCUUUCUCGCACCGAUAGCCAGAUCUUCGAGGACUCAGUAGAACUGCAGACGUACUAUACGGAACAACGUGACUUGCUGUGUCGCGGCGUGCUGCAGUCUCCCGCACUAGCCUUCACACGAGACGCGAUAGCCACCAGCGUUGAGCUGGUGAAGCAGUGCAAGCUGCUGCAGGAGAAUGAAGAUGAGGAUGAGACCAGGUCCAGUACAGACGAUUCGAUGCCCGCGGGCGCUGCGCCGCUGAAGACUCAGUACAAUAAGGGAGACUUCGUGUACAUACAACCUGAUAAAGGCAACAAAGAACCCUCCAUAGUGCAAGUCGAGAGGGUCUGGACAAAUAACGAGGGUGUACCCAUGAUGUACUGCAACGCUUACUUUAGGCCUCAAGAGACGUUCCACGUGCGCACGCGCAAGUUCCUCCAGCAAGAAGUGUUCAAGACGGAGACUCACCGCGCAGUACCGCUUGAUCAAGUCAUAGGACGCUGUUACGUCAUGAAUGUAAAAGAAUACUUCAAGUUCAGACCUGAAGGCUACGCGGACAAAGACGUGUACGUAUGCGAGAGUCGCUACAGCACCAGGUACCGCUUGUUCAAGAAGAUUAAAGUGUGGGAGGGUGCGGAAAAAGAGGUCACCCUCAUACCAAGAGAUGUACCCUUAGAACCAAACAGGACGGUGUCUGUGUUCAGAGAGCGAGUGGAGAAGCACAAAGACGAACUGGCGGAGUUAGAAGUGUUGGAGAAUAUACAGGAAAAAGAUAGACCGGAUGUUGUAAUGUACAAUCCGUUGGGCACUGACGAUGAGAACACUUACUACGAGCAGUAUAACACUGUGUGCUCCGGUGUGGUCAAGACUGGAGACUAUGUGUAUGUGGUGACUGAUGGCGGCAAGCAGAUGAUAGCGCAAGUUGACACAAUAUGGGAGACUGGCGACAAUAAAUGUUACUUCCGCGGACCUUUCCUCAUCUUUCCUGCUGAAGUCGCGAACGUUAUAAACAAGCCGUUUUAUAAACAAGAGGUAUUGUUAACAACUAUGCACGACACUAGCCCAUUGGUGGGCAUCGUGGGCAAGUGCGCCGUACUUGACUACGAUGAUUACCUCAAAUGUCGUCCUACAGAGAUAGCGGAGAGUGAUGUGUUUGUCUGUGAGUCUGUGUAUGAUGAAUCUAACCGAGUGGCGCGCAAACUGAAGACUGGACUCAGAAAGUUUGAGCACACCAAAGAUGUUACUGUCGAUGAGAUCUACUUCUUCCCGAAGCCGCUGGGUCCGCCGGCGCUCGCCUCAGCGCAGGAGGUGCAGUCCUCGUCUACGGCGUUCACACAGAAGCCCUUUAAUCCCAACAUUAACAUUGACUCCAUGGAUGGCAAGCCUCAGUUUACGAACCUCAUCAACACAACCAUCGGCAGCCAGGAUGUGGAGAUGAUACUGGAGAACUCACUUGACGACUCCUCAAUGGCCUCUCCCGCUACACCGCUAUCUAUUGGUGGUAACAGCAACCCGUACAAUCCGUCAAUGACACCGUCGGCCAGCAACGAGCGCUCCAACCCGGCGAGCACACCCGCCACCAGCAAGAAGAAGAAGGAACAGAAGCAGAAGAUUGUCACAGGAUACAUAUUGUAUUCGAGUGAGGUCCGCAAAGCUAUCGUCGCUAACAACCCAGAGUCUACCUUUGGCGAGAUAUCCCGCAUAGUGGGCAACGAGUGGCGCUCUCUGCCGGCCGCCACCAAGCAGAGCUGGGAGGAGCGAGCAGCGCGAUGCAACGAGGAGACCUCCGCGAGACUCGCUGAAGAGAUGAGGGAACUCGCACAACAUACCCCCAUGGAAAUGACAUACGAAUGUGCAUGGGACACUUGCGACUAUCAAUUCGAAGAUCUCGCUGAUUGUAUGGAGCAUUGUAUUGGUGAUGGAGGAAACAUGAUUGGGACAUUUAUUGAGACAAAGAAGAGUAAACUUGAACCGGGUCACGUGCAGCUGCACUACCGCGCACUGGGCAGCGGCGCUAGCGGCGAGUACGCAUGCGCGUGGCGCAGCUGCGCGCGAGUGCGCAAGGGACAAGCUCCCUUCCCCAAUCUGCCGAGACUGCUGCGCCAUGUGAGAGAUCUGCACGUCAACAAGGGCAAUGGCAGGAUCAUGGCGGUGCACGAACGGUCCAGGAACUUUGUGCCGUCGAGUAAAAAGCCGGUAAAGACUUUUAUGACCAACUUCCGUAGCGGAAUCAUGUCGCCAGCGUCGUUAUCCGGCAUGUCGCCAAUGGCACGCAACAGUCCGUCGCCGGGCGCGGGCGUUGGUAUCACUUCAAGCGCAGAUGGCGCUGCGAGCGCACGCGCAGGUCCCGAGCCGAUAUUCGUAGCCGCACCUCCCAGAGCACAACGACUUACCCAUUCUGAAGCUUACAUAAGGUACAUCGAAGGUCUUCAUUCAGAGCAGAAGUACAUCACACCUUGGGAGAAGUCUCUAACACCAAUGCCAUCCAAUCCUGACCCUGCUCACUUCAACGUACAUAAACUGUCACAAUGGAUGUCAGAAGAUGCUGUCAAUGGAUAUCUAGCAUAUGACAAAAGUCUCACCGAAAAUGACAUACAAAAAAUGGAUCAAAGUACUAAGAUAGUGAAAGCUAUAUGUGUGCUAAGAGAUUAUAUGAUGAGAGAUGCACUCGCUAUAUACAAGAAUAUGUAAAUCAUUGUUUUAAAGACAUAUUAUUAAAAAAAAAUAUGA